GCACCAACAGUAGUUUUGAGCAAUAUCAAGUUAUACUUGUUUGUGGAAAAAGACAACCAUGGCAUUGCAGUUCACCGUGUUGUUCGUGGCUAUAUUUGCACUGAAUGACCACUCUGUCCAUGGCAGCAUCAGUAAUUCAAUGGCAACAACAGCAGCAACAGCAACAGCAACAGUAGUUGCUACAAGGCUAUCAACAUCACCACCCAGAACGAUAUCAAUAUCCACACCAACAGCACUAGUAGUUGCUACAUCGCCACUAACAUCACCACGUAGGACGACAUCAAUAUCUACACCAACUUCUUCAUUAGAUUCCACUCCAUCGCUACCAAGUGAUCGUUCCAAGUUCUUGCACGCUCCCAUUCCCACUCUCAUAUCAACAAGCACUUCAACUUCAACUUCAACGUUCACGUCCACAAUACCCACAUCAACACCCACUGCAGCACCAAUAAGUGAUGCAACCAUAGCUAUAAUAGUUGUAAGCGUUGGUGUAGUCAUURUUGGAGUAGGAAUCUUCUUACUGGUAUGGCUGCUUCACAAGAAGCACAGAUCAUUGCAUCCUAUUGAGGGUAUUGAUGACAAGACACAAAAGUCUAAUGAUCCGAACCCACCUGAAGAUCAACAUAACAUCGCACUGAAGUGAGAAGACAUGAUCUAAACUAGAGUAGUGGGGAAAUGAUAGCAGCAUGCUUAGCCAUGUGGGUUAGACUCAAUGAUAACAGUAAAACACAACGAACAUGCAAAAAACUUUGGAAUGUUUCGAGAAUACUUUUUCAAAGCUUCGGCAAAUUGCGUUUGGGUGUAUAUUCGGCUAAAGCUGAAUUUUAAGAUAGCAAUCAAUAAACAUAUAUUGUAGUUUAUUAGAUAGAURUUUGGAUAUGCAAAUUCAUGUAUUAUGAAUAAUCAAUAAAAACUGUAUAUUUUUUUAUUGUAUUAAACGUCAGUGACAAAAAUCCGAAAUGAAAUCGAAAAUAAGUAAAUGAAAAGUCUCGGGAAACAAAGCRAAAUCAUGGAUUUCUCAGAUUUAAUGUACUCGGAGGCUCGAAAUAUCGUUUUCCUUUUGUUUUUGUCGUCAUGUAUACUCUUUCUACGUUAUUUAUUACUUUUUUCUGCAAUGAAAUUACCGUUCUCSGAAAACGUAAAGCAAAAAGUUUCAGUCUCGAAUUUAAAAACCCUAAAUCUGUCCGUUCUCGGAAAAUAUUGCAGCGAGGAYAUUUAGCCACCCCUCCCAUUGACUUCUUUAUACAAGUUGAUCAUUUUCUAAUAGCCAAUAGGAAACCGGCUUGGUUUAGCCAACACCCGGGUCGCAUAGGACGCGUAACCAUUGAAACGUGAGUCAAAACAUCUUAUAAGUCACCGUAUUCAUAGUACAAGCGAAACCUCGCUCGUAGUAUUAAACAAUAUCAAUUAUACUUGUUUGUGGAAAGAGAAAACCAUGGCAUUGCAGUUCACCUUGUUUCUAAUGGCUUUAAUUGCAUCGAUUAGCCAUUCUGUCCAUGCUAGUAACACAACAGCAACAUCAAGACCAACACCGGCACUAACAAAAACAGAUCCAGCAAUAACAACAGGAACAACAACAGUUCCAGCAAUAACAACAGAAACAACAACAGUUACAGCAACAACAACAACAGCAGCAGCAACAACAACAGGAACAACAACAGUUAAAUCAAUAACAGCAGGAACAACAACAGUUACAGAAAAAACAACAGCAACAAUAACAGUAACAACAGCAACAACAGCAACAACAGAACCAAACAAAUCAUAUGUCUCAAGCACAACAAUUGUCUCCAAUUUAAAUGUGACGGCCAUGYSCAACUCAACAUUCAYACCAACGCACACGYCAACACUACUCAGUAUUGGUGCCAUAGCUGGUAUAGUUUUAGGCGUUGUUGUCAUUAUUGCAAUAACAGUCUUCUUUCUGAUAAGGCARUUUCAUAAGAAGCACAGAUCAUUGCAUCCUAGUGAGGGUAUGGGUGACAGAGCACAAAAGUCUGAUGAUCCGAACCCACCUGAAGAUCAGCAUAACAUCRCGGCACGGGAUUGAGAAGAMAUGAUUAGUGGAGAAAUGAYAGUAASAGACAUGUAGGAUAGACUCAAAGAUAACAGUGAAACAAAACUAACAUAGAAAAAAAAAAAUGUUUUGGGAUGUUUUUGAAGCAUUUUUUUUCCAAAUCUUGCAAAUCGCAUAUAUAUUGUCAUAAUCAAUUAAGUUGUCUUUUAGAUGCAUGUAUCAUUUACCACAGAUCGUAGUUUAUUAGUUAGAUGUUUGGACAUGGCUACUUCAAGAAAAAAUUGUCUGAAAAAACUCGAAUGUCAAUUGAUAGACAGUAAUUGCACGAUCCAAAGACUAUACUGUUUUUUUUUUUUUUUUUAUUUCCGACGAGGAUUAAGUGAUAGUGUUUCAAGACUUGGUUUGGCCACAUAUCAAUGGAACAUGUUCGUCUGAAGUUUUUAAAGCUUCUAAAACUAUAAGAUAGAACUUAUAAAUGCAAGAAAAAAAGAACAGCAACAACAAUCAACAUAGCCGCAACAAGUAAAACAAUUGCCAUCAGGACGUCAAAACUCUGAUCCAAACCCAGAACUAUUUUUUUUUUGCAAACAUAUUUACUAAGGAAUAUUUA